UACACUGUAUUGCUUUUGGCGAAUUUUCUCGAGAAACAAACGGAGAAUUUCGGGCGAAGACGACGAAGAUGGAGACAGGACAAGCCAGAGAUCCGAAGAGUUUGUUGGUCGGUCUGUUACUGCUGAGUUUGGUCGGAAGAAUUUCGUCCCUCUCCGUGACGGUGAACAACGUAGAAUGCGUCUAUGAGUACGUUCUCUACGAAGGCGACACUGUGUCGGGAAAUUUCGUCGUCGUCGACCAUGAUAUCUUCUGGGGUUCGGAUCACCCUGGUCUUGAUUUCGAGGUCUCAUCCCCUGCAGGGAAUGUCGUACACAGUUUAAAAGGAACAUCUGGAGAUAAGUUCGAGUUCAAGGCACCGAAAAGUGGGAUGUACAAAUUCUGCUUCCACAACCCCUACUCUACACCGGAAACUGUCUCCUUUUAUAUCCACGUCGGUCAUAUUCCCAAUGAACACGAUGUAGCCAAAGACGAACACUUGGACCCGAUAAACGUUAAGAUCGCAGAGCUGAGAGAGGCUUUGGAAUCUGUUAUUUCCGAGCAAAAAUAUCUGAAAGCACGUGAUGCCCGACACCGUCACACCAACGAGAGCACGAGAAAGCGAGUGAUAUUCUACACGGUGGGAGAGUACCUUCUUCUGGCAGCAGCCAGUGCCCUUCAGGUUCUCUACAUCCGAAAGCUCUUCAGCAAGUCUGUUGCAUACAACCGAGUCUGAAACAAAACACCCUAACUCUGGUUUGUUCUUCUGCCCCUUUGAACCCUAGACUUAGACAAAGAAAAGCCUUUUUUUUUUUCGUUUCAGUGCAGAGACUGGAUUUUGCAUACACAUCUCUUCUGCUUUAGUGUACUUUUUAUGUUGCAGAUCUUAGUAACUUAAGUAAUAAACUUAUUCGGAUCCA